AUGGUACCCCCUCCUACCUAUCCGUAUGGCAUGCCCGCCUGGUAUAACCCGCAAGCUGUCUGUGCUUAUCACUCGGGGGCAUCCGGGCAUUCCACUUUGGAUUGCAAGGCUCUCAAACAUAAAGUUCAAGAUAUGAUUGAAACUGGAGAGAUUGUAAUUAGAAAAAGGGAGGCACAAGGCCCGAAUGUAAAUAGGAACCCCUUGCCUGACCACGCUAAUAUCAUUGGGGUCAUUCUGGACGAUGCAGAGUAUGUGGAACAAGUCAAAAAAUUGGUGAGGGAAGCUGAAGUAUUUGGGGUCACAGACCAACCAUUUGUCAUAGAAUUGCCAUUCGAAGAGGAUGAAAAGCCUUUUAUCUUAGAUCUCACGCCAGCUGAGAGUGAGGCUUUGGAGCCAGUAGUCAUUGAAUUCCCGAAGCAGGAGCCUGUUCUGAGUCUGCAACAAGUGCCAUGGAACUACGAUGAACCCGUCAUACAGAUUGGGGAAAAAUCAAUUGCGAAGAAGGAAGUGUCAGUGGUCACCAGAUCAGGGAAGAUUGCAAAUCCAUUUGACGCUACCAUUCCGAUUCAAGCAAAUAACUCCGAGCCGCCCGUUAAACCAACAAUCACCGAGAAAGAAGCUUUGGAUUUUCUUAAAAGGCUCCAGAGAAGUGAAUACAGUGUAGUUGAGAAGCUGAGCAAAUCACCCGCCCAAAUAUCCAUGUUGGAUCUGCUAUUUUCUUCGGAUGUACAUAGGGACGCAUUGCUCGAAGUAUUGACAAAAGCUCAAAUCCCAAAGGACAUUUCGAUCGCUAAUUUCUCACACAUGGUUGGGAACGUGUUGUUUACAAAACAAAUCACUUUUUCCGACGACGAGUUACCGGCGGAAGGCAUCGGACAUAACAAGGCUCUGUACAUAGCUGUGAGGUGCAAUGGAAAAAUUUUGCCGAAAGUGUUGAUUGACAAUGGAUCUGCGCUUAAUAUCUGUCCUUGGAGUACCUUGAAAAAACUGGGGUUGCAAGACAUCAAGCUGAGGCCUUCAGGGACCAUUGUUAGAGGUUUUGAUGGAGCGCAAAGAGAGCCUAUGGGAGAAGUGAAUUUAGUCAUCGAGAUGGGGCCCGCACAGUUCCAAAUAGCUUGCCAAGUCAUGCAUUUUCCUAGUGUUUACAAUGUUCUCCUUGGAAGGCCGUGGAUUCAUAAGUCUGGAGCUGUGCCUUCUUCAUUGCAUCAAUUGCUGAAGUUCAUAGUAAAUGACAAGUUGAUAACUAUCUUUGCCGAGGAGGAUUGCCUUGUGAUUGCUGACUCUGGGUCCGAAGAAGAUGGUAGCCAACACGCCACAGUGACCCCUCAUAGUACAGCCGAUAUCGUCUCCGUAAGCUGGAUAACAAAGGAGGAACAAGCUCUGUCAAAGGCCAGUGUCAUGAUGGCCAAGGAAAUGAUACGUGGAGGAUAUGAAUUUGACAAAGGGUUGGGACGUGAUCUGCAAGGAAUUCUGAAGCCAGUGGAAAUUAUGGAAAAGAAGGAUUCAUUCGGCUUGGGUUUCCGACCAACCGCCAAAGACGUCAAAGAAAUGAAGGAACGUAAGAGGGCAGAGAAAGAAGGCAGGCAAAAGGCCCUUGAAAUCCCACCACUGCGUUAUACUUUUCCACGACCAACCGAGGUGAUCACAUCAGAAAGUAACCCAGUUGACGGAGUCGAAGCUAGUUUGGCACAAUUGUUCGUUGGGGCAACAUUUGAAGGCAAUUGCUCAGAUGAGGCCGAGUUUCCCGACAUCCCCGAAGGAUCAAUUUCCAAUUGGAUAGCCGAAUUUCUGCCCAUUCGGAUGGAGUUUCGGUAA